UCAGGCGGAACAGGACGCAGUCACGCAGCUGCUCUUUCCUCCACCCGCCUCCCCCGUAGGGGUAGCUAGGGUUUCUCCGUCCAAAUCGUGAAUAAUAGUCCACUUGAAGAUUCGCGCGAAAGCCGCGGCGAUGGCCACCACCGUCCAACCCCACUCCCCGGACCCAACAGCCAUCACCAGCCCCCCUCCACCUCCUCCUCCACCUCGCCAGGAGGACCUGACCGCCGCGGGGGAGGGCGUAGAGAUCGCGGCACUCGAUGAGCAGCCUGCCCACGUCGCCGUCGCCGUCGCCGACAAGGGGAAGACGGCUCCCGGCGGCGGGAAGCUGGUGGCGGAGGCCAUGCGCAAGUGCGCGGCGCCCCGGUCGUCGCGCUACCACGGCGUGACGAGGCUCAAGUGGAGCGGCAAGUACGAGGCACACCUCUGGGACAACACCAGCCAGGUUGAGGGGCGCAAGCGCAAGGGCAAGCAUGUGUACUUGGGAAGCUAUGUUACUGAAGAGAAUGCUGCAAGGGCGCAUGACCUUGCAGCCCUGAAAUAUUGGGGCAUAAGUCAACCCACCAAACUAAACUUCAAUAUUUCUGAUUAUGUAAAAGAAAUUGAGAUCAUGAAGAGCAUGAAUCAAGAUGAAUUUGUGGCCUACAUAAGGAGGCAGAGCAGUUGUUUCUCAAGAGGAACUUCAUCAUACAGGGGUGUAACAAGACGAAAGGAUGAUAAAUGGCAAGCACGUAUUGGUAGGAUUGGUGAGAGUAGAGACACUAAAGACAUCUAUCUUGGGACCUUUGAAACUGAAGUGGAGGCAGCUGAAGCGUAUGACCUAGCAGCAAUUCAGCUCCGUGGUGUUCAUGCUGUGACCAACUUUGAUGUCAGCAACUACUCCGAAGAAGGUUUGAAGAAACUAGAAGGCUCAUCCGUGGUAGUGAACCUGGAGGACCAAUCAGAAGUCACUAAGUUAGCUGUGACCAAUUUUGAUAUUAGCAAACACUGCGAAGAUGGUUUGAAGAAACUAGAUGGCGCAUCCUAGGUAGUGAACCUGGAGGGCCAAUCAGAAGUCACCAAGUUAUCUGUGACUAACUUUGAUAUUAGCAACUACCGUGAAGAUGGUUUGAAGAAACUAGAAGCCUCAUCGGAGAUAGCGAACCUGGAGGGCCAAUCAGAAGUCACAAAGUUGGCUGGACAAUAAAUAUUAGAAUAGCAACAUGUAAAUUAUUUAUUUCUUCCUUUUUAUCUUUUCUCUGAUCAUCAAUUUUCCCACCUUUUUUCUUUUCCUGAUGAGAGUGUCUUUUCUUCGUCCACUUUUUCUGAAGCCCUUCUAUUCUCAAGGAAUUUCCAUGGGCUGGUUGCCAACUCUGGUAUUUACCAGCUACAGAGUAGGAUCGUAUGAUGCUGUACUCUGUAUGUUCAUGUACACUGAUUACAAACCGUUGCAAGGCAAUGAAAGCUCUAUUUUUGCGGAAA